AUGGGCAACGUGAUGGAGGGCAAGUCCGUGGAAGAGCUGAGCAGCACCGAGUGCCACCAGUGGUACAAGAAGUUCAUGUCCGAGUGCCCCUCGGGCCAGCUCACCCUGUACGAGUUCCGCCAGUUCUUCGGCCUCAAGAACCUGACCCCGUGGGCCAGCCAGUACGUGGAGCAGAUGUUUGAGACCUUUGAUUUCAACAAAGAUGGCUACAUAGACUUCAUGGAGUAUGUGGCGGCGCUCAGCUUGGUCCUGAAAGGCAAGGUGGAGCAGAAGCUGCGCUGGUACUUCAAGCUCUACGACGUCGACGGCAACGGAUGCAUCGACCGGGAUGAGCUGCUCACCAUCAUCAGGGCCAUCCGUGCCAUUAACCCCUGCAGCGACUCCACGAUGAGCGCGGAGGAGUUCACGGAGACCGUGUUCUCCAGGAUUGACGUCAACGGGGACGGGGAGCUGUCCUUGGAGGAGUUCAUGGAGGGCGUCCAGAAGGACCAGAUGCUUCUGGACACGUUGACCCGGAGCCUGGACCUCACCCGCAUCGUGCGCAGACUCCAGAGCGGAGUGCAAGAGGAGGAAGGGGCUGGCAGUGGGGGUCCGGCGCUCUCGGAUGAAUGA